GGGGCUUUUUCGCAAAUUCGACAUAUUAUUAGGUCAUUUUUACCUUGUUGUGGUAUAAAACAGUUUCCGUUGCUCUGCUUUCUCUGAAUCAGAGCUUUCCACAAACCGAAAGAGGCAUAGGUGGAGAAGAAGGAAAUGGGAUUGAAGGAAGAGUUUGAAGAAUAUGCAGAGAAAGCCAAGAGUCUGCCCCCAACCACCACCGAUGCUGAUAAGCUUAUUCUCUAUGGCCUCUACAAGCAAGCCACUGUUGGCCCUGUUAACACUAGCCGACCUGGGAUGUUUAAUCCAAGGGACAGAGCAAAAUGGGACGCAUGGAAGGCUGUUGAAGGAAAAUCCAAGGAUGAGGCAAUGAGCGACUACAUUACCAAGGUAAAGCAAUUACAGGAAGAAGCAGCUGCUGCUGCUUAAGUUCAUUUCCUCCAAUAAUGAAAACGAUAAUUCCACCAUGGUAUUUAGAGAAAAGACAACAAAGACUUAUUUUCUAGUUCAGUUUAUGUCGAUGAGACUUAUAGUUAACCUUCAUUUCUACUUGCAAUAGAUGUAACCAUGUUUCCAUUUCCUUUCUGUUUCAGUUGGAGGUGGUUUUAUUUCA